GGGUGUGACGCGCUGGAGAAGGCUGCCCUGUUGUUCGCAGGGGCGGGGGCGGUGCAGGACAUGGAGGCAGCGCUGGAAUCGUGCGUGGAAGCGGCGAGGAGGGCGGCGGCGGCGGUGGGGGAGCUGUCGUACGGGGGCGAUGCGAGGAACGCAACUACAAUGCCCGCAGGCAGCUUUGCGGCUUCACCCCCCUCUGACUCCCACACCGCCGCCGCAGCAGCGGCAGCGGAGGUUGCGGCGGAGGUCUUUGGCGUAAUGGCGGGGAAAGCUGGCAAGACGGGUCCCCAACCCCAGCAGCUGCUACGCUGCUUGGAGGCUCGUACCCCCGUCUACCGGGCCCUGGCCGCAGCAGGACCAGCAGCUCUGAAUCCGCGCCUUAUCUCACCGUCCUCACGCCGCCGGCGGCUCUUGGCGGCGGUUUACCGUUACAUAGGGCAGUUGGAGGGGAUGCCGUACUGUCGCCUCGCCUUUGCGGACAGUGCCGUGAUGGCAGCGCAGGAGGGAGGAGGGGAAAGAGGAAGUGCGGGGGCUGGGGCAGCGGCGGUGAUGGGAAUGCAGGUUGCUGGUGGCGGAAGCUCUCCACACACGGAGCUGAUUCAUGUCAUCCAAGCCUCCGACGCGGAGGACCCCUGGCUGCAAGCCGAGUGGGGCCGCACGCUGCGACCCACGGGUCGUUCCCGGGAGGCCGCCCUGCACCUCAGUGUGGCGGCGGCGCUGCUGCAGCGGCACCUGCAGGCAAUGCAGGUACAUGCACACAUGCAGCAGACAGGUGGAGAGAAACACAUGCAGCAGGCAGAUACGCAGCAGGUUCACAUGCAGGUAUCUUCUUCCGCUUCGGCUCCGUCUCCGUCACCCCGGGUAUACAGCCUAGCGGCGGCUGCCGCGGUGGCGGCACCGGGUGAAACCGGGGCGGCGAAUGGGGUUGGAAAGAGGGCGGCGGCGGCGGCGGGUGCCUCCACAUUGCGGUCGCUAGGCCUGCGUGAGGCGCUGGAGGGGUUUGCACGCGCGGUGGAGGAGGCGGCGGCACUGCGGCCGGGG